AGCCUAGCUAGCUAGCUGGGUAGCCGGCUGGCUAAUGCUAGCAAGGAAGUGCCAGCUAAAGCGAUUUACUUCGCUGGUUGACAUCUUAAUGUUUAAGAAGUGCAUUUACAGUGCGAAUGCAGAAGACGACUAAUUGUGCAUUUGGGUGUGUAAGGCUUGUCAGUAUCCAAAUUUCCCUUUGCAGGGGAUGCCAGUCCAUGCUUGGCAGUUUUUGGCCAUACCUUUGAUAGGAAAUUUUGAACUUCAUAGGCUAGACCCUAUGCCCUUACUUGGGAGGAACUUUAAGAAUGAAGAAGAUCAGCCUUAAAAUGAUCAGAAAGUCAUUUAACCUAAAUAAAAGCAAAGAAGAUGGGAAAUUUGUUGUGGUUCAGCAACCAGGAUUAGCUGCCGAUUUCACAAAGGAAGAUUCCCUUUUUGGAGGUUGUUACAGCAAAGAGUUUGGAAGCUGCAAUCUUAAUGGUGAAGUGGAAGAGAACCGGUCCAAGAGUGAGAGUUUAAUGGGAACACUAAAAAGGAGGUUGUCGGCAAAGCAGAAAUCUAAAGUCAAAGCAAGCUCUCCUGUUGGCUGCAUAGAUGAUGACACCUUUUCUUCUUCUUCUGCCCCAAUAAGCUUUAAUGAGGUGAAAGCCCAGCAUCCCUUAAGAUCCACAUCUCUGCGAAACUAUCAUUACAGCCCCACCCCUUGGCCUCUUAGGCCAGCUAACUCUGAGGAAACGUGUAUUAAGAUGGAGGUGAAGGUAAAAACCUUGGCUCAUUCAUCUAAUCCUAGCCCAGUUUUUAAUGGUGUUUGUAAGGAGUUCCAUGAUUUCCGGAUGGAGGCGCUUUUCCAGGAUCCAAGUGAAUCUUUGAAGAACUCUGAACCUCAGAUUGGUAACCUGCAUCUAAAUAUUGAUGAACAUGUGCCUGCAGUUAUUGGAAUUACUCCUCCGGACUAUAUUCAGUACACAAUGCCUUUAGAUGAGGGAAUGUAUCAUGUUGAGGGAUCACACUCUUAUUGUUUGGAUGGCUCCUUGCCAAUGGAAGUGAUGCCACAGGUAGAUAGGGGUUUCCUUCAUGUGGAUGAGGGUCUGAUUGAUGAAGAUCUCUUAAUGUCUCCAGACAUGUUCAUGGAACCUUCAGCGAAUGGACUACUCAUAGGAAGCACAGGUGUGAUGCUUCAGAGCUCCACAGUUGAUGUUCCUUCACCGUUGCUACCUCCAUUCGUUGGCAGUCAGUAUCAGAGGAAUUUUCCAAGCUUUCGUGGUUUUGACACUGAAGUGACAGAGAGGAUCAGGCACCAUCUACAUUUCGACCCCAGUUCUGCUCCAGGGGUUGACAGGGUGUACAAUUCAGUUCAGAACAGUGGGCCUAUGGUUGUAACAAGCCUCACAGAGGAGUUGAAGAAACUUGCCAAGCAGGGUUGGUACUGGGGUCCCAUUACUCGCUGGGAAGCAGAGGAAAAACUUGUUGACCUGCUAGAUGGUUCAUUCUUGGUGCGUGACAGCUCGGACGAUCGAUACCUCUUGAGCCUGAGCUUUCGUUCACAGGGUAAGACUCUUCACACCAGGAUUGAACACUCAAAUGGCAGGUUCAGUUUUUACGAACAGCCAGAGUUGGAGGGUCAUAUAUCUAUUGUAAACCUUAUUGAGCAUUCUAUAAAAGACUCUGAAAGUGGAGCAUUCUGUUAUUCUAGAUCGCGUUUACCGGGGUCUGCAACAUAUCCUGUUAGCCUGACAAACCCUGUGUCUCGUUUCAUGCAAGUGCGUUCACUACAGUACCUGUGUCGGUUUAUUAUUCGUCAGUACACACGGAUUGACCUGAUUCAGAAACUGCCUUUACCAAACAAGAUGAAAGAUUACUUGCAGGAAAAGCACUACUGAAAUGGGACAUAUUUAAUUGUUUCAAAUUCUUUCUUUUUUUUUUUCAUUAGUACAACAAAACUUGUUUUACAAGCAUUCAUUGAUCUAAAAGACUUCCUGCUACUAUCUUCCUGCUGGAUCAGGCUUCACACAGUGUCUUUUUAGUUAGCCUGCUCCAGUCUUCUUGUAUAUUGGAUUUUGUGACUUGUGGCUUCUAAGGAAGCAUUACUUUAUAUUCCAAGGAUUAAUUGUUUAAUAGAAAGGAAAUUAGAUAAAAAUCAUUCAAAUUGUGUAAGUACUACAGGCUACCACUUGCUUUCAUUUAAGCUCUCACACAUUUUGCAAUUAGACUGGCUCAGGCUUAAAUUGCCAGAUGCAGUCCUCCCUUCAGCUGAAACGGUUUAAUUUGUUGUUGCGUAGACCCUUUUUCUGUCUUAAGUGAAAUUGAUUAUAAGUUCCGAAAGGAACCUUAAGUGCAAAUUGAAUCAUGGAAAACUUUGUCUCUGUCCAUUUAUUUAAACCGGAUGUCCAAAGCACUGUUGAAUGCAAGGCUUAAUUAAAAAGGUUCAAAGAAAACGGCAACAUUUUGUGAAAUAUACCUUUUUUCCGACUUACCCAGUCUUAGACAAGAUUUUCGAUUUCAUUUUAAUUUUUGUGCAUUCACUGGCUCAAUUUUCAUGUUAGCAUAAUGUGUUAGCUUAGCAUAAAGACUUGAAACUUUAAGGAGUCAGUAGCCUACCUCCUUCAAAGUGAAGAAAUAAACCUUACAGCAACUCCAAAGUUAUAUACACAAGGUAUUUGAAAUACACGUGCCUGAAAAAAGUUAUAAAAAUGGGAGAUGUUGUUUUCGGAGAAGUUUCCUUUCAAAACCUUCAGAAGGUGCGCAGUUGACUGCGCUCAACCAGUGUAAGACAGAAGAGUAUAUACAUGUGUUCAGCGGUUAUAGUUCCAACUGCCUAACUUCUCUGAAUGCUAACAUGGAAAUUGAGCCUGAGAAUGCACAAAAAUUUAAAUGAAAUUGAACAUCACAUAUGUCUAAGUCUGCUUAAGUCAGAAAAAAGGCAUGUUUCCCAAAAUGUUGGUGCUUUCCUUUAAUUGUAAUUGCUGAAUAUACAAAUUGUCACAAAUUAUGUAUAAUGUUGAAGCCAGUGUGGACUGGGUGUGAGUGUGUGUAGGCUAGUUUUAAAAAUUAGAAUUGUUCUAACAUUUUGUGGUUAGUGAUAAAAAACAUUAUUACUGAUCUGAAAGUUGAAUAAUUUGUUUGCCACCAAUCUGAGAAGCAACUUGCUAUGAAUCUUCUUGUUAUUAUGGUUUCAUUUCCUUUUAUAGUUGCAUUUUGAAAGCAAAUACAGGUUAAAUUAUAGAGAGAAAUUCCUAAAUCUAAAAAUAUAUAUUUUUAGUUGAAAUCUGGACUCCUUCCAGCAUAAAACUAGAUUGGAUAAGCUGCUAUGGGGCUCAGUGAAAUGCAAUGUAUUUGGCUUGUUUGGCUGAUUGUGCAAGUUAUUCACAUAGUUCAGAGUUGUAAAACAGCAAGUAAAUAGCCAUAUGGUAUGCUGUAAAAUAGCUACAUAAAAUAUUAAAAAUACUCAACUGAGCUUCUGAAAAUAUAACAAGUUGACAUUGUAAAAGGAAGAAACAGAUGGAGGUUACAAAACUUUUAAAAUGGAAAAUUAAAGCUUUUGCCACAGCCUUAAAAUGAUUAUAUUCAAAUAAAGAUGGAUUUGUGAUUCCAUCAUUAUACAUUUUCAGGGGUUUAGUGUCUGUCGUGAGAGUGGUGUACUUGCAAACUCAUGGUUUAGUACUUGUGUGUCUGUAUUCCGUUUACCACAUAGCCCUAAAGCCUAAAGCCUAAAGCAACUAAGCUAACUGUCGGCAGAUGCUUUUCCAGAGAAGGAGCUUGAAAAUACAUUGUCUUGCUGUGUAUUGCUGUCAACUCUUCAGCCUUCACUGCAGUUUUAUUACGUAUCCAGCGCAAUUCCGGUCUCCGCCCUAAGAUGGCGGCUCAUGUUAUCUGAGGCAAAGAAUUCAAAUGAAGAGGCAGUGUGAGCACUUAUAGCGGAGAGUCUUUUGGGGAGUCCAUCGGCUUGGUGUGUUCCCUGCUUUACAUUGGAGUCCGUCCACUGUAUUUACAGAAGUUACCGCAGCAAUAGAAAAUUAAAUUAUUGAUUAAGGAUUCCCUUAAAGCAGUACUUUACUGCUGAUUGUUUGUAAUGACUAGGCCUCUUCUGAAGCAUCAAUAAUUACAAAAUAUGUUAUUAAUUAUUCAGUUUAAUCUGUUUUGUUACUGCUGUAGUAUAACACAAGUUUUAGGUUGUGCAGCAUACUCUUCGUGUAAAGGCCUGUAAUUUUCUUGCAGAAAAGACUGAAAUAUACAGAGCAUUUUAGCUAUAUAGCUGCAUUUCUUACUGUUAUGUGAGGAUUAUUUCAGAAGUCUGUGCAAACAUCAAAUUGAAGCGAUUUAAAUGUAGGCUAUCAUCUGGGAAAGACAAAUUAAAUGGUAAAUUAUGCAAGAAUUUGUUUUCAAGUACUUUAUUGACUUUAUCGAGAAGCCUCUUGGAAAUGGUUAUUGGAUGCAGGUUGUUAUUUGAUCUCCACUAUACACCUUACCUGCGUGUGCACAUGUCUUAAACCAAAUUGAAAAUUUCAUGAAUUCAAGUUGUUGUUUGAUAAGUAAGUAAAUAAAGUAUUUAUAUUAAGACCCACAUGGCUCCAGAACAGAGUGUCCUCCAUUUGAUAGAUCAUGCAGAUGUGGAACGUCUGUCAUGGCUUAAUCAUGUUGAAACACAGCUUUGCAGGGAUAGGUUCACCUUUUUAGGAAAAAAGAGUAGAUAAUGAUAAGCACACUGGGUUUGUCAUAUGGCACCGUUAAUAUGUUUCUAGUAUUUUUUGUUUUGUGUACUGAUUUGUACAGUGUACAACAAUACCGUGUAUUGUUUUAUACAUUAUUUGUUUUACAGGGUUUUUAUUGUUAAAAUUGUAGAAAGAUGGCAUUUGUUAAGAUUAAGUACCGAACAAGCUUCACAAAUUUAUAUUUUCUUUCUGUUUUUAUUGACUAAAUGCUGCAAAUGAAGUUUACAUUGUAUAAUAUUGAGCAAAUGUAAUUUCCCUUUAUGUAUUUUGGUACAAUUUUAAAAAAUCCAGAUGUGUGUAUACACAUUUGUGCUGCUUUAUUUUCAUGGUUGCCUUUCUGGUCCUAAAACAGGGGAAAGCAGAAUGGCAGUUAGAUAUAGAUACCUGGGAGAACAUUUCUGAAGCAGUUUGAGUAAUAUGACCGUGAUCAUGCCAUUGGUACAGUACUGUGCAAGAGUCUUAGGCACCUGUAUAACAUUCUGUACAUAUAAGAUUAUUUCAAAGAUAAUUCAAUGAAAGGUCCUAAAUAAAUGUACUAUACAUUUUAAAUUAAAUUUGAGUAAUUUGGCAGAAUAGUUGAAAACUGAAAAUCAAAUCAAUAUCUUUUGUGACCACCCUUCGGUGUUAAAACUGCAUCACUUCUCUGAGAUAUAGAACUGCAGGACAGCGUUGGCUAAGACAAUCAGCAGGGAGGUUGUUCCAAGCAUGUUGGAGAACUUGCCACAGUUCUUCUGCAGACUUUGGUUGGCUCCUUGCUUUUGAUCUCAGACAGCCUUGAUUGAGUUUUUAUGUAAAAAGCAGUAAAUUGCUUACAGUAAUAUGUUACUUUUUUAAUUAAAUACAAAAGUCUCUGUAAAAUA